CCGUGGAGGAGUCCUGCCUUGCUCUGGCCGACGAGGGAAGCUGUGAGUUUUACACCUGUUUUGAGAACCGCCUGCCCUGUGGCCGAGACUGGUAUAUGCUGCGACAUGGACAGUACUAUUGCAACAAGAUGCAGAGACUCAGUUCCACCUUCACAGACGCGGGCCAGGCAUUCCUCAGUGACGCCCAGCGUUGUUUGACCCAAGCUCUCAAGCCCCUGUACCAGAGGGACAAUGUAGACUGUCACUCGCUGGAACACCAGGCUGUAGCCGCCAUUACUCCUUGCUUCAUUGACAACGCGUUCUGCAGUGUGUUCCGUGACAACACUGACCAGUUUGCCAGGAUCUACGAUGUGGGCGAUCUGUUCACGAGAGGCGCCGGAAAGGUGUGGCGUGAGAUUGCGGCCCUAGCCUUGAGAUGCACCCACGAGUACAUCCGGGACUUCUCCUCUGAGACUCACAGCAACGUCGUGUCCUCAGUCAAUGGCAUGGUGGACGCCCUCAGGGAUGCUGUCGAGGUGAACUAAGUCUCAGCUCAGACUGGUUCAUUUCACACUCAACGAACACCGCUACAACCACCAUUUUGUUCUAUGUUCUGUUGUGAUUUAUGAUCGAUAGUCUUAGAACCCCAAUAUUCAUGGCUUCCAUUAUUUGACCCCCCCCCCACCCCCUCCUCCGAAAAAAAGAUAAAAAUACAUUAAUUAAUUAAUAGUCUUGCUAUUGAACCUUUAAAAUUUUCAAAUCUUUGUUCCAAACAAAAUUUUCUCGAAUACCAGAAUCCCAAUUCAUGACUUCUAGAAAGGGAAUUCAAAGAGUGGUGAAAAAAUGUAAUUCAACUUCGACGUAGACCAAUUUACGCCAUGGCUCUUUUCGAAUUGAGAUAACACACACAAAAUACACUCUACAAAAGUCAAUCCAUAAUUUGUUUGGAAUUCAACUUCUAAGAAAAAAGAAUUGAGGGCGUUUUAUACUUCCCCGCAAAAAAUGAUAUAAUUUUCAAAUCAACCAUUUCAAGAUCUGAACAGAUUGACCCUUUUAGAUACGGGUACACUUUUUAUUCUAUAAACCAGCAGAUGAGUUUAUUUCCCUUGUAAUGCCAAUACAGGUAUACGUUCGUACCUUUCGUCAGUGUUCGUGGUGCUGGAGUUAUGUCCCUUUUGUCAAAUUAAAUGUCUUCAAAUACAUCUACAAA